AUGAUCUUGCGCGAGAUAAUCAAUGACCCCGCGAGGAAGUAUACGUUUUGGAAUUUUAGUGUGCAACUCGAUGCUGCAAACUUGCAUUUCAUGAAUCUAGAAGGGCUCAUCGAUGGCUCUCUGAUAGUCACUGUUCGGAUAAGAAGCUCAGCUUGUGCCUUGAAAGGUAGCAUGAUAUCGGUGAAGGAGAAGAUUUCUGGAUUCGCGCCUCCUUAUCUCGAAAGUAAAUUGUACAACGUCCUUUAUUUGUGCGACUGGUCGCGGCAAACCCUUCAGUUAUUCCUCCCGGAAGAGAGGCUGGUUGAAUGGAAAACAGUGGCAUUGAUUCUCAAAUCCUUCGGAAGAAUCACGGCAGACCAGUGGUCUGAUAUGGUGUGGAUGAAGGAUAGGCCAUCUGUUGCGGGUCUGAAUUGGAGGGCCAUUGAGAAGGAUAUCAAGAUUUACAAGUACAGAUUGGCCGAGCUGAAAGCUAAGGGGAAGCAGACAUGCGCUAUCGGUAAAGAAAACGAUAUCACCUUAUUGCAACAGGACUCUGCUAUUGCCGGACAUAUUUAG